AUGUCUAAUCCCACUUUGCCAUUCAUGUUGCACCCAAAGUACUCUAGUUGGCAGCCAGGCCAAGCCGGCAAAACAGCCGGGUCUCAGCAGUAUUCAUACUCCGAGACGGAGACUAUGAGCACGGAUGGGGACAGAGCCGAAUUUCUGCAGUACAGAAAGUACAAGUACGACACUCCGGAUGCGAGCGUCCAAGUGGGUGUUGAAAUUGAGUUUCUCGUCGCACUCGAAAUGAAACACAACGUUGGACCACCUCAGGAAAGGCCAGUUGAUGAGCGGUACUUCAUCCCCUUGGAGCAGCAAAAAGCGACGACGAUAGUGGACGGCAUCCCGGCUCGGCAAUAUAUCUCACAGCUCCUCAGGAACUCAGGCAUCCCAGCCGUGUCUGACCACGAUCAGCGCGACGAAGUCCGUCAGGCCGCGGCCUGUUUCGAAGGCCCGCUAAACGAGGAGGAUGAGUACGCGUUCUGGUCAGUUAAGUGCGAACCGGCUGGCAUGGUCAUGGGACUUGAUGCAGAUAUAUUCGACUAUGUAGGGCUCGAGUUUGCAUCGCGAAAACUCCGGGCCAACGCGGAGGGCUUCAAGGAGAUUCAAAGCGUUAUCCGUAUCUUGCGGCGUCACGUCCUCGUCGCCACGAGCACGUCUUGUGGUGUACACGUCCACGUCGAUGCUGCCACGCUCAAUCUCCAAGAACGUAAGCACUUUGUUUGUCUCUAUCUCUUGGCCGAGAAGGAGCUGUUCUCGCUGACCGCGCCGCACAGGAGAGGGAACAACACGUGGUGUGGACCCGUCGUUGAGAAGACAAAGUUGGCUGAGGACGCAGAAGAUAUCCUGGAGGAGGCGGGCGCUGAUGACGGCGAGGAUGGCCAGCCCCCAAGCGCUCGGAAAAUGCUCACCAUGAAAGCACUCAUUCAGGAGUGUGCGAGCACAGAGGACCUACAGAGUGCCCUGUCCAGGAACAAACUCCCACCUUUUCACCGCGCAGCUCUUAAUCUGAAGGAAGUUGGAGAACGGAGCUACACGUUCGAGUUCAGGCACUUCCAGGCGUCUUUGGACCCCGAAGUGAUAGAGCAAUUUGUCCGCCUUUGCGUGGCAUUGGUCAUGUCUGCGAAGGGCCUCGGUGGCCCCGAGCGGCCCUCUUUUGACGAAGUAUAUGAGGCAUUUGGCCAGAUCAAGGAGUGGAGGGACCUGCUGACAACCAUAGGCCUGCAAGGUGCAAUUAGCCAUUGGGAAAAAUUGCUCCAAGCAUACCCUGCCGCAAUGGAGGACAGUCCCUCCGACUCGUCUCGCAUGGAAGAAGAUGCGCGUUAA